AUAAUGGGACUAUUUCCAAAAUGAGAAACAUUCGCUGAUUGUGGAGAAGCAACCCACAUUGUCAGAAAGACUGCCAACAAUCUAUUGGCAAAAGAUGUAUUUGUUUGAGUCAGUUACAAUAUCAAGAAAUUGAUCAGUUUUAAAGACCAACACAAGCUUCAUAAAAUAUGGGAUGAUCUUUCUGGAGAGUUAGAUAGCUUUAGAGACUUAUUCCUUAAGUUAAAAUGUAGGCUUAGGGAGAUAAGACUUGAGAACAAUUGAGGUGAUCUUCCUCAGUUACAGGACAAAAUCAAGACCUUGCUCAAUGGUAUUGAGGACUCUAGAGCGAUGAAGUACUAUCACAAACAAUUGCAUAUCAGAGCCUUUCACGAGCACAAAAAAAACACAAACUUAUUAAAGAAGACGUCCAUAUCUCCCUCAGAGACAAGUCGACUGCCUUAAAUCAGAGGAUCCAGGAUACCCAGAUCGACCCUGUAGAGCAACUAC